AUGCCCAAGCAUGGAAAGACUUUGGUAGGGACUUUCCUGAUUUUGCAAUGGAUUCAAAAGUCUAUUACAAACCGUGCCAAUCGCUAUAGAACUACAUUCAAACCUCACAAAGGAGGAUCUAACUCCAUUGCGACGAUAUGUCAAAAACUGUCUGAGAAGGAAGGGCGAGAAGUAUCACAAAUUGAGGCAUGGGUCUAUACACAUCGUGGGCUAAAUCCUCAAGAUCCUAGCUCAUUGAACACGGAACAGGCUACUGCAUGCCUAGAGAGGUAUAAAACAAAGGCUAUUGAGUUAAAUGGUCUAGAAUUUGAUUGGUUGCACUCUCCAGUGGAUGCAAGAGCCCUUUAUCAGUGCUCCUGUGGUAGGCCGCAUGGGAAAUGGGCUACAUUCAAUGGGAUGGUUGAUGAUAGCGAGAUCCUAGCUGGGGCAAAGAGUGAUCAUGUAUCCUCAAGAGCUUCCAAGCGUCAACGUCAAGAAGAAGAAGAGCGUGAAAAGCGACGGUUGUCCGAUGAUGCUCGUGUUGCAAAGAAAGAUGCCCAUGUUGCAAAGGAAGAUGCUCGUCUUGCAAAGGAGUAUGCUCAGACCAUUUUAGAAUGGGGUAGAGGAGUGCACAACCAAUAUAAUAGCUUGCAAAGUUUUAUGCAGAAAAUGGCUGAGCAUACUGGAAUGCCUUCAAGUGCAGUUCCACCUGUAUUGCCUCUGCCACCACUUCCUCCUACUUAUGGAGUUUCAGCCUCUCAAAACCUGUCUCCUGAAAAUCCUCAUACUGUUGGCUCAGCUAUUGGAGUAGAGAACCAGGAUGACAUUUUUCAUAGGGUUGCCCAUGGAAUGUUUGGAGGCUAUGUUAACACAUCUGGUGAGGCGGGAGGAAACUACUCUCCGAGUUUGGAUGAUCAUCUUAGCCUGUUUUGAUGAGAGCUCUGUCGAGAGUUGCAAGCUUACUGCAAGUGGUGAAGGAUAUAUUUCUUUUGUAAUUGGAUAACUUGUGUGCUAUAUUUUGGUGUCACAAAUUCUACAAACUUUUGUGCGCAUAACUAUGUGACUUGCUAAUUGGAGGGUCCUUUGCAACAUUAUUGUAUCAGUAAUAUUUCCUCUGUGAUUUGUAUUAUGA